GCCUCUCCCGCGCGCGCCUGAGUGUGUUAAACACCAUGAAUUGCAACUAUAGUUGUGCGUACCUCAAAAAUGGCGGAUAUGGACCCAUGUCAGAAAGGUUAAUUAUGAAUUGUUUGCAAUUGCAAUAUCAAGCAUAUAUAACUGUUUGUAAUUAUCAAGCAAGCUAAGAAAAUUCCAUUCAGAGCACAAUCUAUAGAGUACAGUGUUAGUCUGAAGUGUUUUUCCGUGGUUCAGUGAAUUAUCGUUUCGGAUGUUCUUUUUCAUUCUACCGUCCAGAUUACUAUUUCAUGACAUUUCCUCACCCACCUUUUCGAAAUAUAUUACAUAGUUAGUUGUGAAUCUAUUUGGCAAUACGUUUGUCUUUUCAUGAGAGUUGGAAAAACUGCUAAGUAUAAUAUUUGUGUCAUUUUGAAGAUGAUAGAUCUGGCAAAGCAAGGAGAUGAAGCAACAAUUUAUACUUGGAUUAAUGUAAGUUAAUUUUAGCAUUAAUGUAAGAUUAAUGUAAGUUAUAAUUGUUUUUGUUUGUGGAAACACCACGUAAAUUUAUUACUGCAAAGCUUUCGAUCCGUAAGCCCGGAUCUUCAUCAGUGCUAAUAAUAUGUUCAUAUUAUUAGCACUGAUGAAGAUCCGGGCUUACGGAUCGAAAGCUUUGCAGUAAUAAAUUUACGUGGUGUUUCCACAAACAAAAACAAUUAUAUUUUAUCGCCAUGCAAACAUUCAAAGAACUUAUUAAUGUAAGUUAGUUUUAGCAUUUUGGCUUUACUUUGAAUGCUUUAUAAAAAAGCCUCAAAUUGACUUUGCCAACGAUAUCUUCAGUUUAAUUUAGUAAUGUAACAAUCCACGCAUGCUCAGUAAGGAUGGGCUACCUCAUCUUGGGUGUCCAUUUGUGGGCUCAAUUUCCAAUCAUGGGUAUAGGGAAAGUAUUCUGAAUCUCUGAUUAAUUCUUGCGUCACAUAUAUGACAUGAUUUGUCAUAGACAGAAAGAGUAAAACUAAAUAAUAGGCCCAUUUUGGCCACUUUGCACAUUGACUGGGCUGGAGGAAAGAUCAAAGAGUAUGAUUUGUGGACCUGCGAAUGCCAUGACUGGAAACAUUGGCGCAAACGUGGGUUCACAAAACAUACUGUUUCCCGAAAGUCCCAGUCAAAAAAUAUUUUUGUAAUUAUUAUACACCAAGUUUUAAAAAUUUUUGCUUUUUUACUCGACGAUUUUAUCAACUGAAGUUAUGAAGUACAGUAAUGUCCACUGCUCAGAGCUUUUGCUAGGAGACAGUCGAAUAUCGUGAUUCUUACAUGAUACGCUCUUGUCCAAUGAGAUGCAAGAAUGAACUGUGACACUUGGUAUAAAAUAUUCUUUGUCAUAUAUUGUUAUAGAGAAAAGAAAUGAUCCCAAAGGUUUUUGGUGACCUACUUCCACGUUUUCAACAUACUGAGGAUAAUUAUACGGCAGUUUAUAGACUUCCGCCAAGAAAAUUUGACUCUGCUGAUAUGGGUGUGGUAGAAUUUAAAGGAAAUAAGCUACCGCAACUUUUAUCCAAUGAACAGAGAGAUGAACAGAUAAGACAACAUUCAGAUAAUGAUGUUAUAAAGUGGAAAAUGGAAAAUAUACCAUGGAAAGGAACUCCAGUCUGAGUAAAGUAUGAAAAACAAGAUAAUAAAGUCAGUGCUUAAUAUUUCUAUAUAUACAUGUACUCGUCAGCAUGGUUUCUGUUUGCUUGUGGCGGUGCGAGUAUGUCAAAGUGGCCAAUGUAAAGGGGUGUCGAUAUAUAUCUCUGCUGAUAGUUAUAUUUGUUAUACAUCCGAACUUCAUUCUCGUUCCUAAUGGGUCAGAUUUCUCAGGCUAAUUCUCAAUAACGAGUAGCUGUCACCUUACCUGAGCUGCUGACCGACGUUCGGUCAACAAGUGACGUUCACUUGGUGUAACAGCUAGGACCAAAUUGAAACCAAGCCUAAUAAAUGCAAUAUUUCGAAUCUACUCAAUUUAGAUUCUUACUAGUUUGUAUAUAUAGUUUCCAGGAUGGUAAUCCGUGUUGCCAUGGUAAUUGGGCAAUUUUUUCCGUUGUUUUGUGGCUAGCCCGAUCAUGGGUUAUCCCUCGUGAUCCCCUGUUACCCCCAUACUUUCCCUAUAACUAUUGCGUAAUUCUGCCUUUGGCCACCAAGCUGCUUGCGGAGGAGGCUACAUAUAC